AUGUCAGCAUCUAAUGGCCAGUUACUAGCAGCUGCCUUCAACUCAAUACUAGGCAGUGGGUAUAGGAUAGUCUCUAAAGAUGACACCACUGGAAUGAAAGAAGUACAAGAAGUUGGUCUAGCAGGUCACGUCUUUGACUUGAAGUACAGCGACCUCCAGGAUACCAUCAUAAGAGAGAGCAACCCUCACAUUAUAAGACCAGGGAACAGGGACACCAGUAUCAUGGUAUACUACCUGUCAGGGAAGAGGAAAGAGCUAAUGGUUGAUUUGAAUGGAACAGCUCAAGAUAUGAAGUUUGAUAUCAUGAAGGAGCAACUCUAUGGUAUUAAUGACCCAGACCAGUUUAGAGUCAUAUUUCAAGGAAGACAACCAGACCCUAAUGACAAGCUGAAGGACUGUGGCAUUAAAGAAGGAUCAACCAUACAGGCUGUACAGUGUUUAAGAGGAGGUGGCUGUCCAUUCCACUUGUUAAAUGAAGAGCUGUUGGAACCAGAGUUUGAUUACGACUUCACUCUCAUUAGAGAUGAAGGGAAGGUCUUUAAAAGAGGAGGGUACCUGUACAAGAGGCCAUGUGGAUGGAACAGAAUAGCACUGAAGGUUAAAGGGAAGUAUCAGAAUGAUGACUGGCUGGGUACACCUGGUAACCGUACAGCUAGUACUAUUGGAGAGUGGCCAGUCUCUUAUCAUGGGUCUAAGAAGAUAUCAUCAAUAAGGAUUGUAGAGGAAGGGUAUGAUGGAGACAAGUUGGAGAGGGAGCUGUUUGGUAGGGGCCAUUACUCUACUCCUGACAUUGAAGUGGCUGCUAGGUAUGCUACAGAAUUUGAAGUGGAAGGAAAGAGAUACCUGGCAGUGAUACAGAACAGAGUCAAUCUAAAGAAGAGCAGUGUAAUACCAAAGGAACUGACUGGAGCUGGGGCUGACUAUUAUGUGACACCAUCAAGUGAUGAUAUCUAUCCUUAUGGUGUCUGUAUCAAGCAAGUAUAA